UUAAGAGAAGGGCAGAACAGACAUUUUGGAAGAGGAGUGCCCUAGGGAUCUAAGCCUCAAGCCUCCCUAUAAAUAGGGAAGGGAAGGAAGAUUGAGGCAACACUUAUCAUCGACUCUCUCUAGAGCUGAGUCUCGAAAGCUCACGUUUACUCUCCAAUCCUCCCAUUCUCAUUCCGCACACUUGGAAAUAGGGGUUUAGUAGUUGGUUGUGGUGGUGUUUUCGUUUUAAGUUUGUUGUGUAUGUGUUCCACCGUCCGAGAAGGACGAAGAAACAAUCGUUUAAAUUUCUGUCUGCUACAAUUUCUCUUUGAAGUAUUUCUUAGUUUAGAACUUCGUAUUUGUGAAGCAACUUCUGAAUUUGUUAAUUUGCAUAUGAUGUUUGAAAUAUUCUACCGUACUGUUAAUCUUAUGUGUGUCUUUGUUUUGAGCUGAUUCUGUUGGAAUUUAUCAAGUUUAAGUCAUGAAUGCUUUCACUUAAUUUGGUUGGUUUACUAUUCGAGCAGCUUUGUUUAAAUCUGAUUGGAUGCUUUUCGCAAUUGAGAAUGUAAGAUAAUGAGAUUUCGGUAGAUACGUUCCAUUUUCUUAGAUCUGCUUGAUUGUGUUGGAUUUUCGGGGAUCGCUUUUAGAUUACCUAGAUAUGGAGUUUGGUGCUUUGAUUUUUGCAUGAAUUAUGAUUUCUGCUGCUCAUGCUCUGCUUUAAGUUGAUCAAGUAGGAUAGAUCCGGUAGUUAUAGUUGAAUUUACUUUUUAUAUCAUCUUUCCGGUUAUUUCCUUUGUUGAGUGCUCAAGUUUAUGUUACGUCCUGAUUGUUUGCAGAUGUGAUGAAGAAGAUGAAGUAGUCAGGGAUUUAGAUCUAGAAUUGCAGCUUUAUUCUUUUUACUUUUGCAACUUUUCUGAUGUUAGUUACUUAAGGGACCUGGUCCCCACCUUUCUAGUUAUUCUUGUUUAGCCAUUUCGGGAAAGUCUAGUAUGAGUCUCUCAAUUUAGUUCAGUUGAUUUCUAGGUUGAUCAGUCCAGAGUUAGGAGUAAACAGUCAGUUAAACAUGCAGUUUAGUUUGAGUUGAUCAAUUCAGUAAAAACUAGUUUAAGUCGUUCAGUUUAGUAAAUCAAAUCUCAACCCACUUGGAAGCGUGGCAACAGCCAACCCCCAAAUGUCAACAUCAAAUAUGAAAACACUUCAUCUCUGUGGGAUCGACCCUUAUUUCCCUUUACUAAUUAAUAGUAUUGUGGGUUAAGGUCUUGAAAAGCGAGUUUUGUUCUAUUUUGCGCAUCCAACGACAGGUAGAUUGUCUAAGAGUUGACUAGAUCCGUUGAUUAACGUCUCUUGGUCCGUCUGUGUAAACUAGUGCCUUUUCAAUGACCCACUUUUCUUUUUCAGUUUGUCCCACCUAAGAUGACUCAUUACUAAAAUGAGAAUAUUUUUAUUUCUAUUUUUUUAUUCACUCUCUCUUAAUUUACUCUCUCCACCUAACAUUAUUCCAUCUCUUACUUUACUCUCCCACUUAACACACAAAAUAAAGUUUUAUAAAUUUGCGUGCCACCCAAGGAAGGAGUCAUCUUCUUUGGGACAGAGUGAGUAGUUAUCUUACCCAUUUAUAUCUCAAUAUUUUCAUAUUAUUCAUAUUAUAAAACUAAAUCAUGAUAGAAUAACCGUGAAUUAUAGCCAAUCAUAUUCAUUCUAGAAAAUUGUACUGAAUUCCUAGGGUGUUUACAACAGUGGACGAUCACAUUGUCGGACUAUCGUCUACUAUUGUAGGUAUCCGCCCACCCCUCGCCGCAGCCGCCCGCCCUUCACAUAGUCCGCGACCCAAGGACAGACGAUCAAUCCUCUAGGCGAUUGUCAGCUAUUGCGGGCAUUCGGACAAUGAUUAUUUUCUCCCCAUUUUUCACUCUAUAAAUACACCGCAUUUCAACCUUCAUUUCUCACUCCUUCCAAUCUCUUUGCCCAUUUCACUUCUCCCUCAGUCUAGUAUAAUGAAUCUCAGUGACGAUUCGACUUUGGAUGUCCUAAAUCGGGCCAUUGAUCGUGCCAUGUUAGAUUACGGUAUGCAUUAUUACGAGCACAUGGUCCAACAACAACGACAACAACAUGCAGAACUGGUCCCGAGGUCAAUCGUACAUCGGGAGUCGGUCUUCCGAGAGCAUGUCAUAGUUGUCGAAUGGCUGUUCGCGGACUAUUUUGCCUCGGAACCAUGGUGGGGCAUGACGGUAUUUCACCUGCGUUUUAGAAUGCGACGUGAGGUUUUCAUGGGCAUUGCUAACACGUUGGAGGCACGUGAUGAAUACUUCCAGCAGCGUCCCGAUGCCAGCGGCAGACCGGAUUGUCGAUACUGCAGAAGUGCAAUGCAAUUAGGCAGUUUGCCUACAGUGGACUACAAUGCGCGACCAACAAGCCUAUUCUCGCCUCCAGGCCGAUGUGAUCGAAAAAAAGUUUGAACUCGAAAAGGCAAUGGAAGAUCUGAAACAAGCUAAUGAAGAAGCCGUGCAGUCAUGGCUGGACUCUCGACCGCUGAUCGAUGAGCUCGAAAAGAUUCAAGCCGAGUUAAACGCAACGAGAGCCAGAGUGGCCAACGCGAACAGUGUCAUUUCCGACCUUCAAGCGCAGCUGGGAACGACAGAGAUGUGCAUCAAGUCGGCCAAGGACGAAGAGCAUAAUAUGCAGAUGAGAAUGAACGUCUUGAAUCAAGACGUGCACACGAUGCAGGAGGAGACGGAACAGCUCAAAGCGAAGAUAGUUAGGAAACGAAGGAAAAUAUCGAAACUGAAGCUAGGGCUGCGACUCAAGAGGCAGACGCUCGAGACGUUUGAGCUCACUUGUGAGGCAGUGGAGCUCGAAUCACGAGCCUUUCAUGCCUCGUUAGCUCAAGCGUUGUACUACAUUGAUAACUCUGAGGCCGCGAAUGUAAUGAUCCAUCUGAGUCAAGAGGAAUACGGACGUCUGAAACAGGAAGCCAACGAGCGAAUCUCAGAUUCAGAGAGGCGAGUUUCAAAAUCUGCGGACGAGAAACUUAGAGCGGAGAAGGCCAGAGACUUGGCUUUCAGGAGACUACUGACCUUGCAUCCACACAACAGAUUUCGGCAGAACAAUAUCAGAGAACAAAUAACUAACAUGAAGAGGCCGCGAUAUCCGAGCAAACGUAGACAUGGGUUUAACUCUCCAACAGGAGCUAAUCAGCAUCAGAAAUCCAAAAACUACUAUACUUUUCAUGUAAAGAAAAAGGAGUCAAUCUUUUUCAGGAUUAAAAUUUUCAUUGUGCCAUGUUUAACAAAGUACUUUAAACGACCUGCAGUGUAA